GAAGUAGUAGUUGACUUUGGGUCAAGGAGAGGUGCAUGGUUCCAUUGGAGAGGUCGUUCUUUUGUAAUUUUAGGGCAUCUCUGUACACAGUAGGUCAUGGAGGACUACGCACGUGAACCAUGUCCAUGGAGGAUUAUGGAAGAUUGUGGAGGUGCCUUCUCCAUGGGAGCCAUUGGAGGCUCUCUUUUUCAUGGUAUCAAGGGCUAUAGGAAUGCUCCCAGUGGCAACUAUAGACGUUUGAUCAGCAGCUUCGUCACACUGAAAGAAAGGGCUCCUGUUGUUGGAGGUAACUUUGCUGUGUGGGGAGGACUCUUCUCUGCCAUCGACUGCACCAUGGUGUACAUACGCAAGAAGGAAGAUCCAUGGAACUCUAUUACCAGCGGAGCUCUCACAGGCGCUAUUUUGUCUGUUAGAAAUGGAACUGGAGCAAUCAUUGGCUCUGCUGUUAUUGGUAAGUGGUUUGCAAAUUACAGACAAUGACAUUGUAGUAAUACU